AAAUGUACUGGUUUCGGAAUGUUAACAUGCCAAGGUGUUAUAGGUGUUGAAAUGUCGACCAAACGACCUGAAAUUAGUAAUACCGUUUCUGAGCCUGAUCUCGAAAAAAAGGUUGCUGAAAAACUGAGUUUGAAGGACUCUUCUGACCUCAAGGGUGAAAAACAAGAGAACACAGCUAAUUCCGGAGCGUCUAUUAGUACGGAAUUCACUUCAAAACUGGUAGCAAAUGAUGAAGAUGACAUCGAAAACUUUGCAGUAAGACUAGGACUCGAUAAAUUCACAAAAAAUAAAGAUGAGUGGAAGAAAUUUUAUGUCUUCGCUGGCUCAGAUUUCAUUUGGCCUCAACCCCCGACGGAUAUUAAUGAGCGUCGCUUAAUUUUUGAUUAUGUCAUCGAUCCAGAUUGGGAUCCAAUCGGGGAGGAACUCGCCAAAAAUGCACUUGAAUAUCGUCGUUUACUUGAAUCCGGCACUCUUGAUCCAUUGCAGGGUACACAUAUAUUAAUCGUUCAUGGGGAAUUUGUUAGGUAUGGAUCAAGUGGAGAAGAAAAGAAAAUGAUGGAGGAUUAUCCGGGGUGUUAUUACGUACCUGUUAAAGAACGUAUUGUUGAAUUGCGUAGAUUUUCGGCAUCUGAUGCGAAUACAAAUGUGCAUAUUCGUCUUCGAAAUACAGUAAAUGCCCAGGAUGAAGCGGGUAUGGCAAAUGUAGAGCAAGAUGGUUGGAGUACAAAUCCUAGUAGAGCUGAUGGAUAUGGUGCUGGCGCAAAAAUGUUUUGGGCUUCAAGAGAUUGUAAUCCAGCUGGAGUCACAUGUGGUGUAAUUGGUUACGAUGUUCUAAAUAAUAUUCCGCAUUACAAACCCUGUAGACAUCCCUACGUAUUUCUUAAAAACGAUAUUUUCAGCCAAAGGCCAGAAUUACAGGGAUCGGAAUGA